UGUACUAUUUGAGAGGCAGACUUUCAACGAGUGCCCAAUCAGAAAACUGGAAGGUGGCAUCGUACGUCUGGCCAGCUGUGACCCAAUCACGACACGGUGGCUGUCGUACAUGGACCUUGACGUUUGAUUCAGCUACAUGUACCUUGACUUUUGAUUCAGCGCUGCAUACGAGAGAGGGAGAGUUUGUUAUUUUUGCAACUGCGUUGCUGCUGAACAGACCUGCAGUUAUUCUCACCAGUCAAACUUGUCUUGCUUGAUUUUGUCAUCAUCUGGGAAUCACGCUUUUCUUCAGCCCUCCAUUCAGUGUGAGCAAAUUUCUGCUGUGUUUCUCUACCCAUCAUACCAUUAUCUGUACAGGACACAGAACAAUCACAUCUACUGUUGUUGACACUGCGUAAAAUAUACAUCAGCAGGAAGACUCUGUGUCAAUCAUGUGGUCGUACCCUGCAAAUGUCACCGUCUAUGCCCAAGCUACAACAUCCCUUGCACAGCUGGACAUUCUGGUCUGUACCUUCUUCACCUGUGUCUUCCAGAACCACAGCGACAACUGCUCCGUGGCCUAUUCCCUACCCCAGAUGGAUCAUCUUCUGAUCUGGGAUGAAACGGGACCAUCUCCCUGGGCACCGAUGAACGAAUCCUUUGAUGUACCAAACAAUGAAAGAUACGAACUGUUCAACCACUCAUUGCAAAUCGUUGCUUUUGAGAAUCUGGCAGAGGCUGACCAGUUUGUGUAUUUCAGUACUCGGACUGUGUUGUAUGGUUUUGUCCUGCCUGUCCUCAAACUAUUAGGGAUCCUAUCCAUUCUGUCUUUUUUCUUUACCCUUUGCAGAGUUCCCUCCAUGCGGAAUAUCACUAAUUUCUAUCUGACUAAUUUGGCUGUUGCAGAUUUGAUGGUCUUGAUUUCAGAGACCACCCAUGAGCAAUGUGUGGCUUUGACAACACAAACUAAAUUGGAUAUAUCAUAUUUGGGGAACUCAGCCCAAGCAGUUUUUACUCUCUUAUCGUUCACAUGCUAUGUGGGUGUUAUUUCAUCUAUCGCCUUUGUAACACUGCUGUCUUAUGAUAGAUAUUUUGCCAUUUGUUACCCUUUCCAACACCGUAAUCUCAAUCUGAAGCGACGGUCAAUACGAGCAGCAGUUUGCAUAUGGGUACUGUCUUUUUCCAUGAAUUUGAGUGAUUUCUUUUAUCGGAUUCUGGCCUUAAAUGCACCACCAAUCAAAUGUCUUGUUUGGCCAACUGAAGAAAAGUAUAAACAUCUAUCAAGUAAUGUGCAGAUGCUUGUGACUUAUGAUGUAACUUUGCUUCCUUUGAAUCUGAUUUUAAGGUACGUGAUUUGCUGUGUAUUCAUGUUGAGUUUGAUCCUCACAGUCACUUUCAAUAUGCUCCUUAUUAAGGGACUGCAUGCACCAAAUCCAACUGGUGAUCAGAUCCGAGGUCCGUCAAAACAUCUACGAAGAGUUACUCUGAUACUUGGCAUCAACACAGCCGUGGUAUUUGUCUGUUUUCUGCCCCAAGCUAUAGCUGGCUUAGUUGGAAUUUUAAGGCAAAGCAGCGAAGAAGUGAAUGUAAAUGAAGAUGUGAAAUGGAAGUUGGAUCUGAUAAUUGCUUGCCUCAGAGUCUUGAACUCUUCCAUUAAUUCAGUCCUGUUCAAUGCUGGUAGUGGAAGGUACAGGAAGGCCUUUAAGCAAGCCUUCUGCUGCAGAAAAAGGCAGCAAGUACCAACGAACAAUAUCCCUCUGCAGACAUUACCAAGAGCAGAUCCUGCUGAUCGGAUCAGAUUAUAG